AUGGAGGAAAAGGAGAAGAAGAAAUCUGUGUGGGACAACUUUGACAUCGGUAAGAUUUCAAAUGCAGGAUAUAAAGUAGAAUUUAUCUCCCCAAAAGUACAUGGUGAUGCUACAGUGUGUGAAAUAGAGAUAGAGGACAUAAGAUCGGAAAUAGAAUACUGGAAAAAUACAGUUGUCUGCUAUGUCCUUGGGGCUUUCCCACAUUUCAAUGUUUUAAAUAGUUAUGUCCAGAGAUUAUGGGGGAAGCAUGGCAUUAACAAAGUUUCAAUACUAAGGAAUGAAAUUGUGUUGGUGAGAUUUGACUCAGAAGCGGGGAAGAAUAAGGUUAUUGAAGGUGGAAUAUACCAUUUUGACAACAAGCCAUUCAUAGUCAAAGUUUGGACAACAGACAUGGAGUUCACGCGUGAGGAGCUAUACACAAUGCCUAUAUGGAUACGAUUACCAGGAUUGGAUUUUAAAUAUUGGAGCCCUAAAGGGUUGAGUAAAAUAGGAAGUUUAGUAGGGAAACCUCUUAUGGUUGAUAAGAACACAGAAAAAAAAACUAGGCUUAAUUUUGCUCGCAUGUUAAUUGAGGUGGAAAUGGAAGCAUAA